AUCACAACCCAGUGGGUCUCGGAGCCGAAGGAGGACCAAAUUUCUCAACUGCAUAGAAAUCCCAAAGAGCGAGCCAUCUCCAUUCUCCAAGUCUUCUUCUUGCCGGACAAGAAAUAUUCAUAAAAAGCUUUCAGCUUGGAAAUUAUACCCACUAGAGGUGAUGAGCAGCUAGCCAUGGAUGGCAUGGCGUCCGAAUCUAAACCUUCAGGGUCUUUCUACACCCCACUGCUAAUCUCCCUGGCUGGCAUAGUCGCCACCUCUCUAGCAAUAGCAGCUUACCAUCUCAUUUUGGUGCGAUUUUGCUUAAGCCGGGGGCGAAGAAAUAGGCACUUGCAGCCGGCGGAAAUGUUUACAGGGGUCGCACGGAAAGUGCUUGACAAAAUCCCAAUUCUCUCUUACUCGACCGGAAAUGUUUCAGGUGAUCAGAUGUUUCGUGAGGAUCAAAGCGAAUGCGCGGUUUGCAUAGGAGAAUUGGAGGACGGGGAGAUGGUAAGAUUGUUGCCUAAUUGUAGGCAUGCCUUUCAUGUCACAUGCAUCGACAAAUGGUUCUUGGCACAUUCCAACUGUCCCAUUUGCCGAUCACCCGUGGCUGACGCUGCACCAACAACGUUCGCAAUCGCAAAGCCCUUGCCUGACGCAGUUGAUCAGGGCUUACAAGUUCCUCAAAGGUUAACGAGUUUGAAGAGGUCCUUUUCAAUGGGUCAGUCUUAUAUCAUUGUUAACAUACAAGGAGAGGGAGAAAAGGCGUUUUCAGCUUCUUCUUCUUCUUCUUCAUGUUCGAUAGAAGAUGGUCUGAUGCAGAGCGGAUCGCAAAGGGUACAAUCAGUGAGGCAGUUAGAUCGCAUGUCUUUGAGGUUAUUGAGGUCUUUCUCGCAACUACGUUUGGGACGGGGUGGCGGCUGCACGGCUAAGGGGAUCCUUCCAUAUUGAGAUGGCUUUGAAGGUUUAUCUUUGCUCUAGAUAUGCUUAAUUAAUAUUUGUUUAGACGAUGAUAAUGAUAUGUUAAAUACCACUUCUUUUGUGAAGAGUAAUGCAUAGGAUAACUUUUAUCCCCUAGUGUAUAUAUAUAUAUAUAUAUGGUGGCAUUUUCUCCUUUUUUACAUAUUUGUAGCACUUUCCUAUUUGAUCCUUUCUCCAUGCCAUUUUGCUAAUGAAAAACGUUUGAGAUA